AUUUUUUUUUUUCAAUUAAAAGCCUCUUCUUAUAUGACUAACAAUUAACUCUACACAUCAAAGUAUAAUUCAUUCCUAAUGUAAUCUAUAUCUCAAUUAUCGAGAAGAUCUUAUGAAACUGGUCCUAAUGUCUACAUCCGGCUAUCGAGAGAAGAUCUUAUAAACAAUUGAAGGCAAAAGGAUUUUGGUUUAGGUCACCAGUCACUUUAAUGAUGACCAAAAUUUCUGAACUCAUUGGCGUAGCCGAUACUGUAAGAACUACCAAACCAAGAUUUCUUGCACGUAAACAUUCUCAGUCCAAGCCAACUUGGCAAAAUCAAUGCCAAAUUAAGCAUGGGGAAGCCCCCAUAAAAGAACCCUCCAUACCAGCUCAAAAAAUGAAAAAAUAAAAUAAAAUAUAAUAUCAAACACUUUCUCAUCUUUCCCUUUUCCAUCUUUACCUCCUGUUCUCCUUGACUCUUAUCAUUGCAUAGUGUGGAAGACCUCCCCACUUUCAGCACUCAUGAAGCAUACUACUCUUGCAAAGCUAAACAACACUCAAACUAUUAUGUUCUGCUUCUGAAUUUCCAGUUGGCCUUGGCCCAAAACUUUUUAGACUCUUUCUUCUUUUCUCUUUUUCUUUCUUUUUUUCCAAUUUCCUUUAUUCCGCUACCUCUUCACAGAAAUAUCAACUACCAAGAAGAGCCAAUCUGUAUUCCCACACUCUCCUCAAUCCCAACACGCAUUUUAACACAAGAAAGAACACACUGCUGACACGCGAGAAAAUAGAAGGUUUGUCAGCAAUUAAGAUGUUGGAUCCUGCAAAUGAGCUGCUGCCUCCUCCAUCAUCUCCCACCAUUUCUUCCGUUUCUUCUUCCGAUCUUGACACCGAGUCUACAGGUUCAUUUUUCCAUGACCGGAGUACGACAUUAGGGACGUUGAUGGGCGUCACUUUUCCAGCUAUUACAUUCAGAGCUCCUUCCCGGUCCCACUCUCAGCACCGGCAACUUCAGACGGCGACGACAAACGGCCCCGUUAACGUCUGCCGGAGAAACAAGAAGGCGAAGAAGAACAGGGCGGUUGCAAUGGCGGCCGAGGAGGAUGAGAGGCGGCGGUGGAGAAGACGAAGGUGGUGGAGGUUUUGCAGGGAUGAGUGUGAUUGUCAGCCAUCUUCGUUAGGGGAGUAUUUGGAGGUGGAAAGGAGGUUCGGGGACGGCGCAUUUUUUGGUGGUGCUGCGACGGAGCUUGAAGGAGUUGGAGGAAUCCAUAUGCAGCCCACAGACGGGAGGGUUUUGUUUGCUAAUGGGAGGGUUCUGCCACCUGCCCAGGUGGAUGAAGCGGAGUCGGCCGCCGGAGGCUUAUGUAGAUUCUCGGUGGUGUCUCUCGGUGGCAUCUGCAGUGGUGGUGGCGGAGGUGUUGGAUAGAAUACCUUUUCUCUAAUUGCCUUUUCCUUUGUUCAUUUUCUCAUUUCUGGUGCUAACUUUUUAAUUAUUCACUUUAUGGUAAAUUUUAUAGCAAUAAGCUGUAGAAUAUUGGAUAAGCACCUCGUGGAAUCAAUAAUUGUAUUGUUGUGGAUAAAAGCUUGAUUCCCUAGUUUUUUUUUGUUUUUUUUUAUUUUUAAUGUCAUCUUAUUUUUCUUAAACAAGAUGAAAAUAAAAACAACCCUCCAUUAAGCACACAAAAUUAAUAUGCUUUUCAGUUCUUUGGAUACUUGGAAGGUAGAAAUUGUCACCAUCAAAAGAUGCAUUUUAGUGUCAAAAUUGCUCAAUGGACUUAGAAUAAUGUGGUGGAACAUUUGACUGGAAGAAGACUAUCUUAGAAUUAUUUGAACAAAUCUCUUGUCAUGAUAUGUUUGCCAUGGACAACAAUCACUGCAUAAAACAUGGGGAAAGAGUUGCAUGAUUAGAUACUCCAUUAUUACUACCAUUUACUUGUAAUUUAGCCUGCUGCUACCUUGGAUGCUUCAAAAUUUGUUUAAAGUAGGAGAAACAUUUUGGAACUAUUACCAGCACAUCCAUGGCCCAAUGCCAAACUAGGUUUUGGCACCAUGCAUUUGUUGAGUCACUUUCAUCAGGCAAAUGAGGCACUUUUGGUGAACUUUGAGUUGGCUUUGGUUUAAAGCCAAUUGUUUAUGUUUGGCAUGCAAAAAUAGAGGCAACAAUUGCUGUAAUGAAAGGGAAAGUGGGAAACAGAAUCACAUGAAGGAUAUGAAUAUUUGAUGUGGCCAACUCCUCAAAAGAUUUUGAUUUUGCUCUGCUAUCUGAUUAUUAAUGUGAGAAUAGAGUCCUUCAACAA